CCAGGCCACAGUGAAUCACGCUGGUUGAAUGAGUUGCCUAUGAAAGCUACUUCAUCUGCAAUAAAACAGACGGCUGCACCAGUGACUGCUGGUUGAAUGAGUUGCCUAUGAAAGCUACUUCAUCUGCAAUAAAACAGACGGCUGCACCAGUGACUGCUGGUUGAAUGAGUUGCCUAUGAAAGCUACUUCAUCUGCAAUAAAACAGACGGCUGCACCAGUGACUGCUGGUUGAAUGAGUUGCCUAUGAAAGCUACUUCAUCUGCAAUAAAACAGACGGCUGCACCAGUGACUGCUGGUUGAAUGAGUUGCCUAUGAAAGCUACUUCAUCUGCAAUAAAACAGACGGCUGCACCAGUGACUGCUGGUUGAAUGAGUUGCCUAUGAAAGCUACUUCAUCUGCAAUAAAACAGACGGCUGCACCAGUGACUCCCAAUCAAGCAGGAGAGACCAGCCUCCCCUGUACCCAGCUGUGUGUCCAUGAAGAGUGACCAGUCUAUGGGUAAACCUAUAAACUUUAGAGAGGGAGAACUUUCUACUGAACAAAGAAACCAACAGGAGAGAUCAGAGUCAGAGAUUCUCGGUGGUCAGUCUUCCCAGAGUCAUCAAACAGACCUGGCCUCCAUAUUGAGUUUGCUUGAAGAGAAUAUUAUUACAUUUGUGAAGAAUGAGCUGAAGAUGUUCAAGAGGAUUCUUAGUCCAGAACUCCCAGAAGGCUUUGAGAGUCAGAAGCAGGAAAAGGAAGUGGUGGAUGCUGAAGAUGAGAAGCAGGAGAGCAGUGCCAGAGAGGGGGCUCUGAAGAUCACACUGCACGUCCUGAGGAAAAUGAACCAGAAGGAGCUUGCUGACACUCUGGAGAACUAUUCGGAUGAUCCUGCUGUGAUUUGCCAACGUGAACUCAAAUCUAAUCUAAAGAAGAAGUUUCAAUGUGUAUUUGAGGGGAUCGCUAAACAAGGAAACCCAACACUUCUCAAUGAGAUCUACACAGAGCUCUACAUCACAGAGGGUGGAACAGGAGAGGUCAAUAAUGAACAUGAGCUGAGACAGAUUGAGACAACAACCAGGAAACAAGCAAGACCAGAGACUGCAAUCAAAUGUAACGACAUCUUCACACCCUUAACUGGACAAGACAAACUUAUCAGAACUGUGCUGACAAAGGGAGUUGCUGGCAUUGGAAAAACAGUCUCUGUGCAGAAGUUCAUUCUGGACUGGGCUGAAGGAAAAGCAAAUCAGGAUGUCCAAUUUGUAUUUUCAUUCCCUUUAAGGGAGCUGAAUUUGAUGAAAGGGGACAAACACAGUUUCAUUGAGCUUCUCAAUCACUUCUCAAUGGAAACCAAACAAUCAAGAAUCUCCAACUACGAAAAGUACAAAGUUAUUUUCAUCUUUGAUGGUCUGGAUGAGUGCCGACUGCCCCUAGACUUCCAGAAGAACAAGAUAUGUUGUGACGUCACAGAGUCAACCUCAGUGGAUGUUCUGCUGACAAAUCUCAUCAAGGGAAAUCUGCUUCCCUCUGCUCUCAUCUGGAUAACUACCCGACCUGCAGCAGCCAAUAAGAUCCCUUCAGGGUGUGUUCACCAGGUGACAGAGGUUCGAGGUUUCAGUGACCCACAGAAGGAGGAGUACUUCAGGAAAAGAUUCAGUGAUGAGGACCUGGCCAGCAGAAUCAUCUCCCACAUAAAGACAUCACGGAGCCUCCACAUCAUGUGCCACAUUCCUGUCUUCUGUUGGAUUUCUGCAACAGUCCUUGAACACAUGCUAAAACAUAAGAGAGAAGAGAUGCCCAAGACUCUGACAGAGAUGUACACACACCUUGUGGUGUUUCAUACCAAACAGAAGAAUGAAAAGUAUCUUGGGAAAGAAGAGACAGGUUCACACUGGAAUAAAGAGUGCAUUCUGUCACUGGGAAAACUGGCUUUUCAACAGCUUAUGAAUGGCAAUCUGAUUUUCUAUGAAGAAGACUUGAAAGAGGCUGGCAUUGAUGUCAAUGAAGCCUCAGUGUACUCAGGAUUGUGCACACAGAUCUUUAAAGAGGAAUGUGGGCUGUACCAGAACAAGGUGUACUGCUUUGUUCAUCUGAGCAUUCAGGAGUUUCUGGCUGCUGUAUAUGUGUUCCUCUCAUUCAUCAACAACAAUGAGAAUCUAAUGGACAAACUGCAAACAAAAGACGAGUCUGAAGUUACUGUCUACAAGAGUGCUGUGGAUAAAGCCUUACAAAGUGAGACAGGAAACCUGGACCUUUUCCUCCGCUUCCUUCUGGGCCUCUCACUGGAGUCCAAUCAGAAGCACUUACGAGGUCUACUGACAAAGACAAGAAGCAGCUCACAGAGCCAUGAAGAAACAGUCAAGUACAUCAAGAAGAUGAUCAGGAAGAAUCUCUCUCCAGAGAGGAGCAUCAAUCUGUUCCACUGUCUGAAUGAACUGAAUGACCAUUCUCUAGUGGAGGAGAUCCAAAGCUACCUGAGCUCAGGAAGUCUCUCUGGAGCCAACCUGUCACCCGCACAGUGGUCAGCUAUGGUCUUUGUGUUGCUGACUUCAGAAAAGGAGCUGGCUGUGUUUGACCUGAAGAAAUACUCCAGAUCAGAGGAGGGUCUUCUGAGGCUGCUGCCAGUGGUCAAAGCCUCCAAGGCUGUUCUGCUGUCAGGCUGUGGAGUCACAGAGGAAGGCUGUGCUUCUUUGGUCUCUGCUCUGAGGGGUAAGACAAUGGGAGAGAAAAGCGCAGGGGUGCAGCUUUUGGUCCUGGUCAGAGCGCUGAGACAGGGUGGCCCCCACUCUGACAUCUGA